CAAACUUAGCUUUCCACAAACUUUCAGAUAAUAAAACAGAUUUCAGCAAACCAAAAAGUAGCGGAAAAGUUCUUUUGGAGAGAAAGUAAGCCAUUUGGUUCGCACCAGACGCCACUUCAUUCAACUUCCAACUGUGAGAAUCCUCUAUGACUUUUGCUCAAUCUGACCAUUUAAUGUAACCUUGUAUGCUGCUUGGGUUACUUGGGAAGCAACAAAAAUUUCUAAACAAAAUCUAGAGAUUCUUGUACAGCUUCGAAAUUUGCUGAACCUGCCCACUCAUGACUCGGCUUCAAACUUGGGACAAGCAGAAACUACAUCUCAAAGGUUUAAUUAGCAAACAGUUUCCAUUAGAGUGUAAGUCAAUUCCUCAUUGUUUUCUUUAAGUUCAAUAAAAUUAAGAAACGAAAAAACCAGACUACAUAUGAGAGUAUUCAAAAUUUAUCAACUUCAACUGCAAAGCCCAAAAUACAAAAGUUCUUAGACUAAGCCAGGGGAAAAAUGGUUUCUGAGACUAGUAUAGGAUUAGAACUGCUGGUUGUAGCCUUGUUGUUACUGGUUGCCUGGGCAAUUUUGACUUGGCGAAAAUGCAAUGCAUCGGAAAAGUUGGAAAGAUUGCCACCGGGGCCGAGGCGGUGGCCGGUGGUGGGCAAUAUGUUUCAAUUGGGAUGGUCAGCCCAUGAGUCAUUUGCUAUAUUGGCUAGUAAACAAGGCCCUAUAAUGACUCUUUGGCUAGGAUCAAUGUGCACUGUGGUGAUAUCAUCGAAUGAAGUGGCCCGUGAGAUGUUCAAGAACCAUGAUGUGGUUUUUGCUGGAAGGAAAAUAUACGAGGCAAUGAAAGGAGAUAUUGGCAAUGAGGGCUCUCUUAUAACUGCACAAUAUGGUCCCCAUUGGCGGAUGCUCAGGCGCUUGUGCACCGCCGAGUUCUUUGUAACGAGCAGGCUUGAUGCAACAGUUGAUGUCCGUGCUAAAUGCAUUGAUCAGAUGGUGAAAUAUAUAGAAGCUGCUGGAGGUUCUGGUGCCAAUGGGAUAGAUGUUGGAAAGUUUUUCUUCUUGCUGGCAUUCAAUCUUAUUGGAAAUCUCAUGUUUUCCAAGGAUCUUUUGGAUCCAAGCUCUGAGAGGGGUGCAAAGUUCUUUUACCAUGCAGGCAAAGUGAUGGAAUAUGCUGGAAAGCCCAACAUUGCAGAUUUCUUGCCAUUGCUUAAAUGGCUUGACCCUCAGGGUAUUAGGAGAUCAACACAGUAUCAUGUCAAACGAGCCUUUGACAUCGCUGGAUUAUAUUUAAAAGAGAGAAUCAUCGAAAGUAAUAGAGAUGAAACGGAUCACCCAAGUCCUGAAAAGAGGAGAAGAGAUUACUUGGAUGUUCUGUUGCAUUACCGAGGCGAAAGCGCUGAAGAACCUCCUGAGUUCUCUCCAACAACAAUCAACAUUAUAGUCUUUGAAAUGUUCACAGCAGGGACAGACACGACAACUAGUACAUUAGAAUGGGCAACGGCAGAGCUUCUACGUAGUCCAAAAACUCUUGAAAAAGUCCAAGCUGAGUUGAGAAGCGUGAUUAGUCUAGGGACUAAGAUAGAAGAAAAACACUUGGAUAAUCUUCCAUACCUUAAGGCAGUAGUGAAGGAGACGCUCCGGCUACAUCCACCGUUCCCUUUCUUGGUACCUCACAUGGCUAUGGACUCGUGCAAAAUGCUAGGCUACCACAUCCCAAAAGAAACACAAAUUCUAGUAAAUGUUUGGGCAAUUGGAAGGGAUCCAAAGACUUGGGAAAACCCUUUAGAGUUCAAGCCUGAAAGAUUUUUGGAGCCAAGUACUGCAGAUUUUAAGGGACACCAUUUUGAGUUUAUACCUUUUGGAUCUGGCCGGCGAAUAUGCCCGGCCGUUCCUCUUGCUUCUCGAGUGCUACCAAUGGCUCUAGGAUCAAUCUUGCACUUGUUUGAUUGGAGCUUAGCUGAUGGGAUUAAACCAGAAGAGUUGGACAUGGGAGAAAGGAUGGGGAUAACACUCAGGAAAGCAGUACCUUUAAAGGCCAUACCAGUACCACUCCAAGGUUGAAAUGAUUUCCAAAAUGCAAAUGUAUAGUUUAUGUAACACUUCGGACUUUGAAGAUGUUGUCACAUUAUUACCUAUAUAUUUGCGUUCUGAAACGGAAAUAACUAAAGCCUAUGUGUUACCAGCAUAAACUCUUCCAAUAUGCAAAUGUAUAGUUUAUGUACUACUUAUGACCGGAAACUAGUCAAGUUAUUGCCUAUUGCGUUCUGAAA